CCCAAAUUUGAAAAUAUUUUCUCACCUCUGUAAUUCUCAUCUCUCAUCUCUCUCUCCCUCCGACGCUAUUCUACGAAGCCACUUGAAAUUCCACUCUCACUUUUUCUUUCAGUUCGUCUGUUUUCACUGUGGUCAUAAUUUCAUCAUGCACGUUGAAUUGUCUGUGAGAAGGGAUAUGCUAAACAGAAGAUUAAACUGAAUUGGCUGCAAAAAAAAAAAAAAAAAAAAAAGCGGCAAUGGCAUCAACACUCGGUGCUUUGUUUCAAGAUCAGAAUCUGAGUGUUCACUCUAAGGGAGCUUCUCUUGUGGGGAAGGGUGAUGCCUUGAAAACAAAAAAGAAAGGCGGGCUUGGUGGAAGGAAACCGCUUGGUGAUUUAUCGAAUUCAGGGAAGCCUGCUGCUCUGACUCAGGCAUCAAAAAAGCAGUCUUCCAAGGUAAUCAUUUGUGGUGAUGCAAGCAAUAACAAAGGCUUGUCUAAAGCCUCAGAUAAAGUUCAGACCAGUACCAGGAACGCGUUACGUGAUAUUUCAAACACACGGGAUGCACCGGUGAAGAACAACACAAAGCAGAGGGUUAUGCCAAAGCAGCCUGUUUGUCCUGAUAAUAUUGCAGAGGAAGGGUUUCUGCACAAUCAUCAAGAGUGCAUGAAGGCACAGGACAUGGAUGAGAUUCAUCAGUUUCGUCAGUUUCUGAUGGCACUUGGAGUACAUAGUGAUUCUUCCGAGAAGCUUACAUCUUCAUGUGCAUCUUCACAGCCAAGUAAAUCUGAGCCCCAGAGUCCCUCGAAGUAUAUGGGUUUGGAAGAGAUACCUGAGGAUCGAAACCCCUGGCAGUCUGACAAUCUCGACUCUCCACCUCCUUGCAAGUCUCCAAAGUCACCAUAUGGCUAUACUGAUUCCCUUUUGAUUUGGGAGGACUGUGACUUCAAGUUGACGAACACACCAUAAUUUCCACCGGAUCGAUUCCCCUUCAAUCUAAAUGUGACAUACUCACAUGCGAUGGAGCAUCAAUUCAACUUGAAAUUGAUGGUAGUCACAGUAGUUCUAGAUGGUUUAGUUUUUGUUGAAUGAAGAUUCUUGGUUUGUUGAUUGAAGAUGCUCUUCCUUGAUGCAAAAACUCUAUGGUCCUCAUCAUGUGGUUGUCUGGUUUGUUCAAUGCACAUUAUAUAGAUACGACUGACUGGUCGCUAGCUAUUGAUUUUGUAUCUGGUUGUUUGGUUACGAAAGUAGGAAUGAAAAUUUUGAAUAUUGUAGCUUUAA